CGUUCCUGCAGCAGCACCCCCGGUGUGCCAGCCCAAGGGCGCCACUAACGGGCAUUACACAGCCCCCCGCCUCUCCAUCUCCUCCCGAGCCACGGUGGUAGCCAGAAUGGAAGGUGCCUCCCAGGGGGGCCUGCAGACUGUCAUGAAGUGGAAAACGGUGGUUGCCAUCUUCGUGGUCGUGGUGGUCUACCUCGUCACGGGCGGUCUCGUCUUCCGGGCAUUGGAGCAGCCCUUUGAGAGCAGCCAAAAGAACACCAUUGCCUUGGAGAAGGCAGAAUUCCUGCGGGAUCAUAUCUGUGUGAGCCCACAGGAGCUGGAGACGCUGAUCCAGCAUGCCCUUGACGCUGACAACGCAGGAGUAAGCCCAAUAGGCAACUCUUCCAACAACAGCAGUCACUGGGACCUUGGAAGUGCCUUUUUCUUUGCUGGAACCGUCAUCACCACCAUAGGGUAUGGGAAUAUUGCUCCAAGCACAGAAGGAGGCAAAAUCUUUUGUAUUUUAUAUGCCAUCUUUGGAAUUCCACUCUUUGGUUUCUUAUUGGCUGGAAUUGGAGACCAACUUGGAACCAUCUUUGGGAAAAGCAUUGCAAGAGUGGAGAAGGUCUUUCGAAAAAAGCAAGUGAGUCAGACCAAGAUCCGGGUCAUCUCAACCAUCCUGUUCAUCUUGGCCGGUUGUGUUGUGUUUGUGACCAUCCCCGCCGUCAUUUUCAAGUACAUCGAGGGCUGGACAGCCCUGGAAUCCAUUUACUUUGUGGUGGUCACUCUCACCACGGUGGGCUUUGGUGAUUUUGUGGCAGGGGGAAACGCUGGCAUCAAUUACCGGGAGUGGUAUAAGCCCUUAGUGUGGUUUUGGAUCCUUGUUGGCCUUGCCUACUUUGCAGCUGUCCUCAGUAUGAUCGGAGAUUGGCUACGGGUUCUAUCCAAAAAGACAAAAGAAGAGGUGGGUGAGAUCAAGGCCCACGCGGCCGAGUGGAAGGCCAACGUGACGGCCGAGUUUCGGGAGACGCGGCGGCGGCUGAGCGUGGAGAUCCACGACAAGCUGCAGCGGGCAGCCACCAUCCGCAGCAUGGAGCGCCGGCGCCUGGGCCUGGACCAGAGGGCCCACUCGCUCGACAUGCUCUCCCCGGAGAAGCGCUCCGUCUUCGCCGCGCUGGACGCCGGCCGCUUCAAGGCCUCGUCCCAGGAGAGCAUCAACAACCGGCCCAACAACCUGCGCCUGCAGGGGUCCGAGCAGCUGAACAAACACGGGCAGGGGGCCUCGGAGGACAACAUCAUCAACAAGUUCGGGUCCACCUCCAGGCUCACCAAGAGGAAAAACAAGGACUUCAAAAAGACCUUGCCCGAGGACGUGCAAAAGAUCUACAAGACUUUCCGGAACUACUCCCUGGAUGAGGAGAAGAAAGAGGAGGAGACGGAAAAGGUGUGUAACUCGGAUCACUCGAGCACGGCCAUGUUGACUGACUGCAUCCAGCCGCCGGCCGGGAUGGAGAACGGAGUGGUCCCCACGGACACCAAAGACAGGGAGCGUGAGAACAACGCAUUACUUGAAGACAGAAACUAAGUGGUAAGGACACUGGACUUGACGGAGCGUUGUGGGGGUUUUUUGUUUUGUUUUGUUUUGUUUUGAAUAUUCACCCUGAGACACGUGCCUUAAACAAGACUUCUUGUUAGUCUGAAAUUACAUAGCAUCGAAGAAUAUAUUUCACUGUGCCAUAAACGACUGAGAAAGCUUGCUCUGCCAAAAGGAAUCAAAGAACAAGGACUUCAGUUGUGAUCAGGACUGCAGGACACCCAGGGAAGCUUCCCUGGCAUAGGAGGUCACAGACACAGGUGUCCAGGGCGAGACCAAGGUGAUGCUGUGCCCCAGUGCCGCACUGCCCCCGCGGUGGCAGGUAGAAAAGGGCAGCUAUUCCUUAGACCAGCCAUCUGAAAGGAACAGGUGUGUCUUUUCAAUGGAGUCAUUUCCUGGACCUACCAUUAGUGAUACGUGCACACACAGAAGGGGACCGGAUUGGGGGGGUGAGCUGGUGCUGGCAACUAGGGUAAGAGUGGACAUUUGGGCAUGUUGCUCUGAGUUCCAAUUUUGAUACACACCAUUCAGUGCACAUCUAGGCUUUCUAAGCUCCAAAUGAAUGAAUGUCCUUGGGACCCAAGAGCACCUGGAAUUUGUUGGAAGCAGAUCAGAGCACACAUAUUAAAAGGUGCAAUUGCUUUCCUCAUUACGAAAGAAAAAAAAAAUCACAAACACAUCACACUGUGGAUAUUACCUUAACCAAUGACAGAAGCCUGCUGCAUUUUUGUCUUUCUCGCAGCGGCAGGUAGUGCACAUGAACUUGCAAGCGUUGGUGAAAACUCAACCUCAGCCGCUGCAUGGUGACAGGCAAAAAUCAUGCGUUUUCCUCAGUGGGUGCAAUGGUGAAAAUAAACUGGUUUUGAAAUGUU